GUCCCGUAUACACGGAACGUGUCCUUGUGCAUCGGUUCUUCAGUGACCAUCAGAGGGGCACCUGCCAAUUGUUUCAGAAAGGACCCACAGCUGCAGGUGGAUUUCCACACGGGCACCAGUGAGAAGUCUGACAUCGCCUUCCAUUUGCGCGUAUACUUUGGCCAUUGUGUGGUCAUGAACAGCCUUCGGUGUGGGGGCUGGGAUUGCGAGGUGAAAUAUUCCCACACGCCCUUCACAGAGUGCCAACAUUUUGAACUGUGCAUCAUGGUGCUGCACAAUGAGUACCAGGUCGUGAUAAACGGCCAGCACUGUUACAGCUUUGCCCACCGAGUCCACCCAGCAUCUGUGAGGAUGAUUCAGGUGUGGAGAGAUGUCUACCUGACCUCAGUGGACGUCCGCUAGGGGACAGGGGUGUCCAGACAUGCCAUGAUCCAGGAGUCCCCUCUCUCUGCGUGACCUAUGGAUUCCCAAAGCCAACACGAUGCUCCUCCUCAUCUCCUUGGCUAUACUUGCUCAUUAAAAUGUUACCAAACUU